GCCGGCCUCUGUUGGCUGCAUCUUGUAUUCCUGAGGUUGCUGCCCUGCUCCUCCUGAGCCCACCAGGCACAUUUCUGCUUCCUACUGUUUGUGCUCAUCUCUGUCUAGAAAACCCUCUCUCUGUCUCUCUGCCUGUCCAAGUCUUACGUAUCUUCCAAGCUCCAGAUCAAGUCUCUUUGAUGCCCUUCCACAUCUCUGACUCUCCAUGACCUCUCCUUCCUCUGGGUUACAUGACCUAUUUCUCCUGCUCUGAGCUUUUUGAGAGGUGAGAAUUUCUCUGACUCAUCUCUGCAUGCCCCCCUGCCCCUUGGUGCCUUGAGAGGGCUCUUCUGUGACAGGAGCUCAUGAAUAUUGGGUCAUUUGGAGUAGUCACUGGGACAAGGUCACUGACGGUGGUGAACCACACCUUGGUGAAAACUGCCCACAUCUGUACAUAGAGUCGUUGUACCAACAGAGUUGACACAAGAGCAAGAAGCUUUGCCGGGCUAUCUCGUGGCAGCCUCUUGAUCCGAACUUAUCAGAAAUUCCAUUCUAGGGCACCCUCCUAAGAGUGAUACAAGCUACGAGGAGUGUAGUCAGAGGAUUACACUGAGGAUGGCGAGAGGGUUUAGAACCAUGCUAAAUAAAGAACCGAGAAGAGAAACUGCGCAUCAGUCACAAGGAGCUGAUGGUCUGCCAGGUGGCAGAAGGAUUGGAUUUAUCCUCUGUGGGACCCCAUGGGUAGAACUAGAAAGUAAAGGACAAUCUCUCUGACUUAAACUUGCUAACAUACCCUCAGUGUCCAGCCUUGGUGCCUGUCUGGCACAGAGUAGGUGCUCAAUAAAUAUUUACAGAAUAAAUGAAAGAGCAAAAGAAAUCAAUAGGCAGGAAUAACGUGGAGGUGGACUUGUCUUUGCCUAAAGAACUUUCUAACAAUCCCCUAUGUGGCAGGCCCCUUAAGGCAGAGCUAGCUGUUCUUUAUCUCUUGAUUCCAGUGUCUUGUACAAAGCCUGGGAAACUGAGCCACAGACUCCAAGUUGGCCAAUGAUGGAAUGGGCCAUUCUGGAAAGUGGUGGACUAGAUAACGAGUUGGAGGAAGGUCAUCAGAAGAGGUUUAAUGCCAGAGGGUCCUAGACUAUAGGACUUCGAGAUCCCUUUGGCUUGGAGAUUCCAUGUUUUAGAGCCAGCCAAAAAAUGCACUGGUGUCUCUAGGCCCUCCUGGUGAAUUCAUUCAUCUUAGGAAUGGGGUCAAAGUAGCGUCUUCCUUAGCACAGCCUGGAAGCUGGUUGGCUGCUCUUUUUCAGGGUUUUUGGAAUGACUAGCCACUGGCUUGUUUGUUUUAGGAACUGAGGAGGCCAUAAAGCUUCUGAUCCUCUGAGUGUGUCUGAAGAUUAAGGAAAUUUAAAUUUUGUUCUAGAGUCCCCUAAGUAAUGGACAAUCAAAGUAGGUGCAUUUCAAAGAAACGCAAGAAGUUUCAAAAGAUGAAAAAUCAAAGUUCUUAAGGGUGCAUCUUCUUAAACAAGCCAAGAAGGACUCAGUCAGUGAGAGGACUGAUGUGUAAGAAGGGAAGAUGCUGGAAAGGAGGGGGAGGCCCUGAGAACAGACACCAUAAAGUAUUAAUCACUGCCCGCCUUAAUUAGCCUAUAGACUCCAACAGCAGGGAACACAAUUUUAUUUCUUGGGAAUCACAAAUAACCCAGUUUCAUUCACAAGUUUUUUCCCAACUUGCAAAACUGCUUAUCUGUUUCACAUUUGCACAGAAAAGGUCUUAAUUACCAAAACCACAUUGAUAUGUUUAUUUUCAUUUUAAUUCAGUCCAAAAUACUUUAAUUUCUGAUUUGAUUUCUUCUUUGACCCAUGAGUUGUUGAAAAGUGUGUUAUUCAGUUUUCAAACACCGACAUCAAUUUGGAAUUUAGGUUUCUCUUUCAUUGUUCUAGCCUUGUGUUUCCCCCUAAUAUUUAUACAGGAAAAUUCCAUCCUCUUUCUGUUACUUUCCUUCAAACAGAACCUGGAUAUUUAUUUUCCUUCAUAUUGAGGAGAGUCAGCUUCCCGGGCCAGAUCUCUAUCUUUGACUUGCCUCUAACUGAAGAUUAUAUAUGGGAUGGUCCUAGCAUUCAAGGCUUCCCACAACCUGGACUAAACGUAACUUUCCAGUGCUGGCCUAUGUGUCUUCAUUAUAAGUGUCAACGCAGCUAGAAAAUUUUCCAUUUCCCAAAAACAUUUGAUUCUGUUCGUUUUGUUCUCUAUGAGAGAUCCUCUCUUCCCCAACCCCUCCUGGAAACCACCAUUCAACACAUUUUAAAUGUUGCCUAUUCCGUGAAGAUUUUUUCUGGUCUCUCAAUGUGCUUUCUUUUACUGAAAAUCUUCACAGCUCUUUUAUUUUUAAAAUUUUUAAAUACUGUCUCUUAUUGCCUUUGUAACAUCAAGGUCAUUCACUUUCUUAUCCCUCUUGUUGGAAUCUAAGUCCUUCCCUCCAGGCAGGCAGCGGCCCACCCUGGGCCCUCCCGUGCAUGUCUGCUGAAACAAACGAAUUGUGGUCUCUCCCUUUCCUGGAUGCCUGAUUGAUUAAUAUUUUAGACUUUGCCAGGACGGGAACAUUCCAAGGUAGGAAAGGAUACUGGAGCAAGAGAGACUUUAAGGAAGUUUUAGGAGUCUCUGUUCUUGAUUAUUUCACAGACAUAAGCUGACAGAGGGGAAAGAAUUCAUAGCCGCAGAAUGUGGGCAGCUCAAAGAAGACCUUGUUUUCUCUUUUUCAAGGACCCUGCAGUGAUGGAAGCCUCCCAUGUGGGUCAAGGCCUCUUUCAUGAGCUCAUUAACUCUUUAUAGGAGACGAAAUCACUGACUAAUAGAGUGAUUGUACAAGAAUCAACAUAAAUAUUAAUGAGGAAAAUGCCAGUUUUCUUGCACCACCACCCACUACAGGCCUAUAUAAGGUCUAGAGGAGAGGCAAGGUUUCAGCUUCAGGCAAAUCCGGCCGUGGGCAAGGCAGGGGUCUGGCCUCUUAGCACCAUGUCUUCCAACUGCUGCAGGUCUCUCCUCAGUGGGCACGUGCCAGAGGCCAAGGCUGCCUCCCUGUGCCUCUCAGCCACCCUGGCACAUGCUAACCGAGUCUGCGUGGGGACGACCCCUCUGGGCCGACCCAGCCUCUGUCUGCCCCACAGCUGCAACGCUGCUUGCCCCUUGCCAGGGACCUGCGACAUUCCUGGCAACAUUGGCAUCUGUGGGACCUACGGCGAAGGCACCCUGAACAGCCAUGAGAAGGUGACCAUGCAGUUCCUGAACAACCGCCUGGCCAACUACCUGGAGAAGGUGCGCCAGCUGGAGCGGGACAACGUGGAGCUGGAGACCAAGAUCCUAGAGUCGAGCAAAUGCGAUGAGUCCAGCGUGUGCCCGGACUACCAGAACUAUUUCCGGACCAUGGAGGAGCCCCAGCAGAAAGGUGAGAUCCUGUGCAUCAAAUCUGAGAACAACAAGCUGGUCGUGCAAAUAGACAAUACCAAGCUGGCUGCAGAUGACUUCAGGACCAAGUUCCAGACGGAGCACUCGCUCCGCCAGCUGGUGGAGGCCGACGUCUGCAGCCUGCACAGGGCGCUGGACGACCUCACACUCGCCAAGUGUGACCUGGAAGCCCAGCUCGAGUCCCUGAAGGAGGAGCUGCUCUGCCUCAAGAAGAACCAUGAGCACGAAGUCUACACUCUGAAGUGCCAGCUGGGGGACAAGCUCCAGAUUGAGCUGGACACUGAGCCCCCCGUGGACCUGGGCAGGGUGCUGGGGGAGGUGCGGUGCCAGUACGAGGCCAUGGUGGAGACCAACCGCCGCGACGUGGAGCAGUGGUUCCCAGCUCAGUCUGAAGGCAUCAGCCUGCAGGCCACAUCCUGCUCCGAGGAGCUUCGGUGCUGCCAGUCGGAGAUCCUGGAGCUGAGAUGCACCGUGAACGCCCUGGAGGUGGAGCUUCAGGCUCAGCACACACUGAAAGACUGUCUGCAGAACUUCCUGCCUGAGCCCGAGACCCGCUACAGCACCGAGCUGGCCCAGAUGCAGGGCCUGAUCAGCAACGUGGAGGAGCAGCGGUCCAAGAUCCGGGCGGACCUGGAGCGGCAGAACCAGGAGUACCAGGUGCUGCUGGACGUCAAGGCCCAGCUGGAGGGCGAGAUCGCCACCUAUAUGAACCUUCUGGAGAGUGAGGACUGCAAGUACGUACCCUGAUGUUGUUUGUGUCAACAUCGUGUGUAAAAGCAGAAACCUCUUAUUGGGAAUGACCUAUAAGGAGGGGGUGGCCUGGCAGACUCCAUCUUUGGGGACAAACUUGCUACCUAGUAAGCCUGGUGGGCUGCCUGGACAUAGAGGAGGUGUGCAGGGGCUUUUCAACUCAUGCCGUCCAUCUGGCCGAUGACUUCACGCUCCUGGAUACUAGUCACUCCCACAGGGGCUAAAAUACUUGCAAGCCCAGUGCACUUAGGUUUUGCUAAAUUCUCUCUGGAAGAAAUAUUCUAGUACCAGGAAUUCUUCCUACUCAGCAUUUAAAAAUAUUGCUAGGGGCAUUUCCCCCGUUCUCUCAUUUUAGUUCCUCAGUAGUGCUGUGAAAAAAGUAAGAUGGAUAGUACACCCCUUUAAGUAAUAAGGAGCAAGAUUAGGGGCUGUGUUUAAAAUAAGAGAGUGGCUCAUGCUUUCGCUCUGCCAGCCUUUCUCUCUGCCCCAUUCCUUUCCACGUGGCAGAUAACACUGGUUUUGCACACGGGCACCCUGAGCUCUGGUCCCAGCUCCACAGUGGACUCUGGGCAAGUCACUGUCCCUUUCUAGGCCUAGAGGAACCUCUAAGGUCUAAAAUCCCCUUUUGCUCUUCCAAUUCUAAAGUGUCUACAUACUUUUGUCUUUCAUGCACUUCUCAUGUGAAUGUUUCAGACACCUUUGUUCUCUCUGCAGGCUCCCCUGCAACCCGUGCACGACCCCGGUCUCCAGCACGCCCUGCCCAGCCCCUGCAGCCUCUCCCUGCUGCUCUCCCUGCCUUUCCAGGCCUCCUCGGGCCACCUGUGGGCCCUGCUCAUUGCCUCGACGCUGACCUCCUCCUCAGUGUGAGGUGCUGAGACACGGGCACUGUUGCAGCCCCUUUGGCUCCAGGCUCCGGGCUCCAGGCCCGCCCCCGAGGCCUUUCUGCCUCAGCCAGCCGGCAGCGCUUCUCCGUCGAUGGGCUUUCCAGUCCAGCGGCUCAUUCCUGGCCCCUGGAUUUGUGCUUCCUCUCUUCGCAGUGUCUGGAGUGUUCCAUUUUUCUCUCUUCUAUUGCCUCCUGGUCUCUCUGAGAUGCGGCUGGUAACCUUGUUUUCAUUUCGCUAAUAAACGUCACUUCUGCAGCAUAAGGAGCACGGUGCCUGGUGGUCUGAGUUUCUCCAGCCCACGCUGAGAGCAUUGCUGGGAGCUCCUUGAGCCGGUUGUUCCCUGAGCAGCUGGGCUUGUGGCUUACUGACCAGAGUGGUUCCGGAAGACGGCAAAGCCAGUGAGGACCGUGGUUACAAAUGAGACAGCAGCAAAAUGGCACAGACGAGCCACACCCAACUCUUGAGCCGACCAAGCCUACUUAGAGGCAGACUCACAGAACUUUGAAAGUACGGACACUAAAUAAAACCCCCUUUUAUCUGGAUGAAGCCCUCUGGUCCUUGUGCAAAGGGAAAACUCAGGUCAGAGGUUCUACCGGGCCCCCCUAGACUAUUCUAUUUGAGGUAAGCUUUUGUGAUCACGUGCUCAUCACGAACAAGGACCGUGCUGGGGCCUUACCGACCUUGUUGACACAGGGUCCCACAAAAACCCUGCAAAGAGAGUGUGGCUGUUACUAUUCUCAGCUGGUGGCUGAAUCAAGGCUUGAAGCCCGGCCUCUUUGAACCAGAUCCAAAGCCCAUAUUUUGGAAGCUUUGAAGGGGAAAAAUUUCAACAUGAGAAGCUUUGGGGCGGUGGUUCUAUAAAUGUGGUCCUCCAAUCAGGAGGACCAGCAUCACCUGGGAACUUGUUGGAAAUGCAAAUUCUUGGGCCACACCUCAGACUUUCUGAAUAAGCAGUGUGGUUUAUGGAGCCUUCCAGGUGAUUCUACGCACACUCAAGUUUGAGAACCACGGGUAAGGGAGUUUAUCUGGGGAGUGAGCCCCUGACUGGCCAGACACUCUGCAGAAGGGAUUGGCCUUACUCUCCCGAUAGAUCCCCUGGGUGAGGAAUCCCUCGUCCCUUUGAGAUAGAGCCUUUCCCCCGCAAACUGCAAAGCUCUGAUGAUGGUAAUUGCUGAGCCUGUCAGACUGUCAGUCUAGAAAAGGCCAAUCUAACUGACCCACUCAAGCUCCCGCACAGGCUCCACUCGCAAGUCCUUCUGGCAGCUGCCUCACUUGGAACUUGCCUGGCAGACAAUAGACACAUGAACCAGAGGCUCCAUAUUUAGGCAGCCAUGGGCGAGAACAGCGUGUCUCCAGAAAGCAGCAUGAGAGCUGGCCAAAGAUGGGAGGCAGUGAGUUCCCCAUCAUUGAAGACGUUCAAGCAGGCCCUUUAUAACCGCCUCGGGGUGAUGUUGGGGCGGUUACUCAGGCAUAUGAUGGGGCUGGAUGAGAUGGUGGUAGAGGGUCUUCUAGCCCCCAAGUUCCAUGACUCCCUUCUUUCCAGGUCUUAUUUGUCAGUGAAACUACAAGUGUUAAAGUGGAGCCAAAAGACCAACUCUAGGAGCUGGUUCUUGUCUUCGCUCUCUGCUCCAUGAACUCUCUGAUUCAGAGUAGCUGCUGAGAAGUUUGCGAAGUCCAGCUGAUGGUUGUUGAGUCCAGCCCAUCCCGGAGCCGGAGUGACCACAGUCCCAAGCCCCAAGGACGGACAGAACUUAAGUUGGGGCCUGGUUGCUGUGCCUCCAGCUGCUCUCAAGCCCAGAGUCCUCCCUGGUGGCCGCUGUCUGUGAAGACAGGACUGAUUUGCUUGGGAGGCAGCAGGACUUCCAUCAUAAGAAGCUCUGGAGGGGUCAGAGGCUGUCACGCCUUCCCUCCCUUCCCCUCCACCGAGCCUCAGCUCUUCUCCCCAAGUGUAGAAGCAUAGAGGUAGUGGGGGUGACACAUCCCUGAGGCACUCACCCAAGAGUGGGUCCCAAUAAGAAAGAGCAAUCUUGAUUAGUUUUAAUUUAGCACCUGGCCCAAACACCUUUGACUCUUCCUUUGUACUUAAGUAGCUCCUUUCAUCCAACAAGUUCAAAGCUGUACAACAAAUAAACCCACUUCUUCUUGCACCAUGACAGAGCAGGCAAGCAUUGUUCUUCCCAUUUAAGGAGCAGAGAAGGUGAGUCAUUCAAUGGUUGAGGGAUUCUUCUGGUGACAUGAAAUGAGUCAAUGGGGCCCCAGGGUGAUUGACCUGUGUUUCUUAAGUUUACAUUCAAUGUCCUGACUGUCAUUUGUAAUUAAAAUAUGAGCUUUGAUGAGACAUUGUUUGUGUGUGUGUGUGUGUGCGUGUGUGAAGUGGUUUGGGUUUCUGGGAAGAAAUACUGGGUAGAGGGGAUCAUUAUACUUGGGGAGGUGUGAAGAGCUUUCCUGGAAACCAAACAGUCCAUCAUUACCAUCAUCACUACCAGCACCACCACCACAAUCAUCACUUUUCUUCAUCAUCACCAUCUUUAUCAUGAUCGUCAUCAUUGUCAUCGAAGCUCACAUUCAUCAAGCUCUAACUGUGACCAGGCACUGAUCUAGGUAGUAGAUAAGUUUAUUUACAUAAACCCACUUAAUCCUUACAGUAAUCCUACAAAGCCAAUGCUAUUGUUAUCCUCAUUUUGCAGAUGAGGAACUAAGGCUAAGAGAGGUUAAGUAACAUGCGCAAGGUCACACAGCUACUAGGUGGUGAAGCCAGGAUUCAGAGCCAGGCAGUCUGCUUCCAGUAACUGCGCUCUUCACUACUAUGCUUUACAGAAGCCACAUCUCAGAUUGUGUCAGCAGGAAGACAGGACCAUAAUUACCCCAAUGUUUUGAUUCUCUUUCCUUGAAGGAAAUGAGAGACUAGAGGAACAAUUUCUUAGAAUUUAUGCCACAAAGGGUAAAGUAAAGAAUGAAAGUUCUAUAGUAUCGAAAAUGGCUUGAGGACCCUAGCAAUUUUAAUGGCUGGGAAUCACCAAAGAAGGUCAACCCACCCCCUGCCAUUACUAAAUCCCCUUUGUCCACUGGGGAAGAGGAGGAGAAGAGAAAUAGUCAAUGAUGUGUGCAUCGUUUUACCAUUUACAAAGCACUUUCUUAUGUCUUAUCCAAUAUGACCCCGCCAAAACCCAGAGAGAGGCAGAACAGGUUUCUUGAUCCUCAUUUUGCAGCGAGACAAGUUGAGGGUUAGGGAGGUGAGUGACUCCCCCCCAACCCCCAAGGUCUCACAGCUGGUCUCACUCACACCCAAGUCUUCUCAUUCCUGGUCCUUUGCUCUUUCCCUGCACUGAACUGCUGAGGGCUUUGCUGGAGGUACAUCCAGAUGAAACUUCUCGUUCAGACCCACUCUCAAAUGCUGGGGUGAGGUGGCUGAGACGGAUUUUACAGGGCAAAGGCUUCCGGGGUCUGAGAAUCUCUCCAAGGGAAAUCUUCCUGGUGCUGCUCCCACCUUGCAAAGGCCUCUCCGCCCCGACCACAUUUCAGACUCAGCUUCCGCCUUUGGCCGUCUCCUGGCCUCCGUCAGCAGAGGCUCCCCCUUUACGCUGGUUUGGGUACCCAAAUCUCCCUUGCCUCCCUUCCCCCUUCCCCCUCCCUGGUUCUCAGACAUCUGAAACGCAUGCU